AGGUCUUGCGGCAGGACUCCAAUGGCGCGAAACCAGUGAUCCCUGUGCCUAUCUCUGGCCAGCAUGUAUCGGUUGAUAGAGCGAGAAGGAGGCCUCCUGGCACCUGCGAUUGCUGCGUUGGCCCGUCGAGAGAUCGGGGUCAGAGGGUUUCCCUUUCGUUCCGGCAAAACGGACCGUUUGGGAAAAAGGAGCGCGAGCUGGCAGGACGUUGAGCAGCCUUCGUAGGAGGUUUCGGGCUGCGUGUAGUAUAUGCGUGACUCGUUGCGUUCGUGGUUCUCCUCUCUGGUCGCGUCACGGAAAGAGAGAGAGAGGGGCAGAUUAGAGGUUCUAGGACGAGGGACGUGCAGGGUAGAGGAGAGGCCGAGCCCGAGUGGUAGGGGGAAGAGAGAGACGUGUCCGUGGAGGGUUUGGUUGGCAAACGAUCCGAGAGAUCGCGCCCGAGUCGCGUUCAGCCCGUUUGCGCGUCCGAGCCGCGGGCAGAGCUCUCAGUUGACGCUCAGUUCGGCUCAGCGAGGCCAGAGAGAAGAAAGGGAGUCUUUUCGUGUGUGUAAACAUCGCGCGUGUGUGUACCGCGGCAGCCACGGGGACCGACUGGGCCUCUCUCUACCUGAGGAACCUCUCGGGCCGCGCUCUCCUGGGGUCCGCUACCUGACUUUCGGGGACCGGGCCUAGCAAAAAAAAAGACGGAAAAGAAAACGGGACACGACGGUGGCCCGCCGAGGGACCUCUGGCCACGUCCGACCACGAACGGAACGUUUCUCCUGGCCCGCCGCGCGACCGGUCCGAUGAUGCUGUUGCAACCCUCUUGCGACAACCCGCCCCCCGGCCAGCAAAAGGAUUAAUCGGGAAGAGAAGACUCGUUCGAGGAGCGGAUAGAGUUUGAUCGCGGACACACGGUUCACACGGUUCACACGGUUCUCGUCCUCUUGACCGAGAGCGAGCAGAACUGGUGAGAGCGGAGUGCGGAUCUACGAAACGUGUCGCGUGUGCAUCCAGCGAAAGUUAUGAGCAGGGUGACAGUUUCCGUCGUCGGGGCAGCUGGCGGGACGACAUGCAGCUGGAGCAUGACCCGGCCCGGGACGACGACACGAAGAUCGGAGCACUGAGAGAGAGAGGAACGUGGUCGUACUUGUGCGUACGACGGGACGCGUACGAUCCUCUCCUCGAAUGCCAGGCCGCCUCGAUUGCCAAGUGUUCCCGAGACAUGUUCUAGCCGCGUACUGUUCGCCGAUCUGUCCGCUCCGCCGUGGCCCGAGGAUCGCGAACUGACUUCUCCGACUCGACCGGAUAUAUACAUAGAUAGUUAAUUCCUAAACGAAGGGAGACCGUAGCCGCUAACUACCCUCGCGCGAAGGGUGCCUCAACGACUGUUAACUAAAGGGUGCUGUGUCGUUUUUGUUUUGAUUUGUUCCAACCAAUUGUCCAUCUCUCGCCUCGCGCCACCGUUCCGGGACCUGUCCUGCUCCAUUUCAUCGCUGGGAAUCGCCUGGAAUCGUUGGGAAUCGCCUGGAAUCGCUGUUGGACGACCCACCGACCACGUCCCCGCACGUGGCCCAUCAACCUCGAUCAACCUCGGUCGUCGUCUUGGACGUUUGUCGCGUUGGUGGUGGUGGUGGUGGUGGUGGUGGUGCAUGGACCUUUUCUCGACGGAUUUGCUACGCAUUUUAUCGCGCCCCUGGGCGUCCUCGUCUCCCUCUCUCACGGUUCCUUAUCUCUUUCUCUCUUUCUCUUUCUCUCUUUCUUCCUCUCUCUCUCUUUCUCUCCUUCGUUCUCCGGAUCUUCUUUCUCUUUCCCCGUUUCACUCGAACGGUGCUCGUCCGCCGCCUUUCUCCGUCACUCCAUCGGAUCCUCGUUCUCUGUCCGUCUGUCGGUGCCGUCUCCCUCCACCCCCUGCUCACCUACCCCUCCACCUGUCUGACGCGCCGCUGCACACCCUCUCCUCGCUCCGCCAACCCUGCUCGCACGGUCUCGCACCCGUACGAUUUUCCCUAUCCCCACCUUCCGCGCGCCUCCUCUCUGCCUUCCGCACGCGUUUUCUUUAUUUAUUCCGCGAUUCCACGGAGCAAACGCUUGAUCGCUGCUUCGGUAUACGAUGAUUCUUCCCGCGUUCCUCCUUUCCUCGCCGUUUUGAAAUUGCCUCGCGUCUCGUCUCGUCCCGUCCCGUCUCGUCCCGUCUCGUCUCGGUCUCGACCUGUCUGGUCCGGUCUCUCGCGGGUAUUUUGAUACCGCGAAUCCGCUUCUGCCUCGUCGCGACGACCGGCCUCGUAAACUCAACGAUAAAAACUGCCGUUUUAACGCGAUCCCUCUCCCACCGCCCACGCUCUAUCGCUCUCUCUCUCUCUCUUGCUCUCUUUCCGUAUAUAUAUAUAUCUGUACAUCUAUAUCCCUCUUUUUCUCUUCCUGUCUCUCUUGCUCCCGCGGCCCUGUUUUCGUUUCUCCCUCUCCUCCACCGUUUCUCCGUGCGAGGCGCACCGUCACCUCGGCUAUCUCACCUUGCCUGCUCCCGCUCGUCCUUGGACUCGCGUACACGCGGCGCGCGCCGGUUGAACGCAAUCGCUCGAUCGCUGAACAACGCGAUGCGAUCGUGGCUCCCGGUUGACUGGUGAUCCUCGCGCGUAUCGUCUCGACGCACACACGCAUUCUCUUUCUCUCUCUCUCCUCUCUCUCGCUCUCUCUCUUUCUCCUUCUCUCUUUCAUACUUUUUCCCGCACGCUCGCCCUGUCUGUCACGACCGUCGAUCGCCGCCACCGAUCCUCGCCACCGAUCGAUCCCCUUCGAUCGGCCACGGAACCAUCGUCGUCAUCGUCGUCGCCGCCGUCAAUUAACGCCGACAUCGCCGCCUUGCCGGGCGUCGUCGUUAUAACACCGGCAAUCAACUGUCACCAUCUGCACCAUCGCCGAUCACGUGGCUUGCUCGACGGCGACGCUGUACGACAAUGUUCACGCCGCGCCGCUGUGCGGCUCCGGCGUGGGCCACCCUGGCUCCGUCACGCCGAUGGGGACAGCCACCGGAGCGGGGAAUUCCACCGGGGUGAACUGGUGGCUGCCCAUGAUGAACGGAUCGCUCUACGAGGACAGCCCGCCACAGGUCCCGCCGACUGCCUCCAGCCUCGUCUCGAUCCAGCAACAACAGCAGCAACAGCAAGCCACGUCGACGCCAGGCUCGCACCAGCAAGCCACGACACCGACGUCGCCCGCCGUGCCAGCCUCCUCGGCCGCGACAGCACCCCCGGCACCGACAGCCAGCGCCAGCUCGACCUCGCCGAGCGCCUCGUCGGUCGCGAGCAACAGCGCGCCAGGUCCUCUCCAUAUUCCCGCGAAAAGGCUGACCGCGACGCCGGCCGCAUCCUCCUACGGCGAGGUCGGCUGCGUCGAGUCAUCGGGCGCGCCCGCCGCUGGACCAGCGGGCGUCAUUCGUCAUUCCCACUCGUCCUCGGCGGGCUCGCAAGGCGGCUGGAGCUACAGCCCCCAUCACCCGCAGGACUCGCACUACUCGUCCGCCGCGGCCGCGGGUGACUCGUUGAACCAUCAUCAGACGUACGGGGGCAACAACCCCCCGACCUACUACAACCUGGCGGCCGACCCGACCUCCACCUCCGGCUCCGCCAGGGACAACCGGAAGGCGGCCGGCUCCCUCAGCUUCUGGUCGCCGGCCGCGGCAACCGCGGGCUCCGCGGCCUCCGUCGCGUCCCCGACCGACUACAAGUCCUACAACUCGGCCGGCGCGGCCACCACCAGCUCCUCCACCGGGGGCUCGUCCUCCGUGGCAUCCGGCGCCACCGACUCCGGCGUUUCCUCCUGCCAUCAGAGCUUUUCGCAGAGCUGGUGCAACUACGCGCCCUAUUCCUCCGCCAGGCAUCAUCCGGUCGACACGGCCGGCCAUCAUCAUCCGCACUCGCCCGCUGGCGUCCCUUAUCUGACGCCGUCCGCGGCGGACGACCGGGGUAGGGUCGCCGCCGCCAUGGUCGCCGAGGGCGCGUUCCCCCAUGACGGAUACGGGGGACUCAGGAAUUACGGGGCACCCGAGCCCGUCACAUCCAGCCCGUACCCACCACCAGGUUCGCUUGCGGGGGUGGGCGUCGGUGUCGGCGUGGCCGGCAUGGGCGUCGGUUGUGGCAGCUCGAACCCGCUGGAGUGGACCGGCCAGGUGACGGUGCGGAAGAAGCGCAAGCCGUACUCGAAGUUCCAGACGCUGGAGCUGGAGAAGGAGUUCCUGUUCAACGCGUACGUGUCGAAGCAGAAGCGGUGGGAGCUGGCCCGUAACCUGAACCUGACGGAGCGGCAGGUGAAGAUCUGGUUCCAGAACCGGCGGAUGAAGAACAAGAAGAACACGCAGCGGCAGACGCAGCAGCAGAACAACAACAACAACAACAACAACAGCAGCGCGAACAACGCGAACCACCACGGGGCGACCGGAACCCAUCAUCAUCCGAGCGCGGGCCACGCGCCACCCUCGAGUCACCACGUGGUCGCGCAGGCGCACCACGCGAACGGAUCCGCGAAGCACCAUCAGUGACCCGUGGCCUUCUCUGGGGUCGUCUUCGGCCACCCACACCAUAGCCACGGCUCGACGAACGGCUGCGGAGCAACGGGGACCGGUGGCAGCGGGGCCUCCGGCUCCGUGACCGGCACGGUGUCCGGCGCCGGGACCGGCGCGGCGGCAGGCCUGGUCGCCGCCGGUCACAGCCACACGCUGCACGCGGCCCAGCCGCAGACACCUUUGCCGACCCACGCCGCCGCCGCCGCCGCCGGAGCCUCGAGCACCAACACGCCGCCCACCGCCGUCGUUCAUCCGCACAUCCAUGCUCAUCAUCAUCAGCUGGCGCACGUGGCUCAACAGUACCCGGGGUUGCUCCACCAUCAAACGCCCCAUGGCCUGGCCGCAUGAACGAUACCGUGAACUGUCAGAAGCGGCUUCGACACCCCAGAGAAAUCCUCCAGGACACCAGGACUCGAGGCUACCCAGGGCAAACGGGAUUCUGGGAGCUCCCCACACCUGGUCCUUACGUCGACGAUCGUACAACCUCGAUGUCUCCGUCGUCCCUGAAGAUUCGGUGCAGCAACCGGCAGCAACCAGGAGCUCGUCGACAUCGACCACGGAUGAUGGCUCGCACGCCUAACGAACUUUGUUCAGCAGCUGUUGAAAGACUGCCUACCACUUGUAAGGAGAGAUAACGUUUUUCGCGAGUAGUAUAUUAUUAUUAUUAUUUUAUUAUUAAUAUUAUUAACGGUCAUCGUCAUCCUCAUCGUCAUCGCGGUCGCCGCCUAUCCAAACCAUUCGGUGAGAAAGAGAUAGGGAGAUAUAGGAAUCGGUGUUUGUAUAAAAGGAGGGUGAGAGUCGUCUUUUGCGCGGCGUCCUUGGAGAACGUCCAUCGGCAGACUGUUUUUCGUCCGCGUGUCGUCGGUGUGCCGGGUGUCGUCGGUCCUCUUCGUGGACGCGCCUAAUCGCGCGCCGAGAGCAAUCUGUCCAAUUCGUAAUUCGGUAGUACUUCCUCCAGUUAUACAUAUUAUAUAUAGAUAUUAUAUAUAGUAAAGAAAAUUAGUGUCACACUUAGUGUCUGUCCCUGCCCGUGUCUCUCACGCGAACCCCAAAUCAUCCCCAACGUGAAAACCCUCCCCGUCCCAUCGACUAACACCAUUUCCUAACCUAACUCUCCCAUCAGGAACCACGGACGUCCUUGCACUGUUCAGCUCGUCCGUUGCGUGGAGAACUUUUCGAAGAAUCUAGGGAGCAUCGUGCGCCCGAUCGCCGUGGAACCGUUCCGGACGCGACGCUACGGGGCCUUAUGAAACCGGCCACGGUCUCUAGAGGAUCGCCAGACUGCAGGAGCGUACUCUGUGGGGGUAAGUGUCGAAACGGGUCGUUCCAAGCAUCGGAAGAAUCGAUUCGUUUUCUAGAUAUUCUUCGCGACAAUUUGUUCUGUAGUUUACAAUGGCGGGUCUGGUGAUCCACUGUGGGCUCCGCGAGGUUGUCGCUUUUUUUUUAUUGGAAAAUUGACACGAAAUCUACCGUGCCGGUCGAGAUGACCGGUUCCACAUUUUGUAUCGUAAAAUCGUUAAGAUUAUAAGGCGUUUUUCGUAGGUAACGAUUGCAGAAACUUCUUGAUUCAAGCACAUGUGAUAACGAAAGCAGCAAUGCGUCUAAAUAAAUUCGGUCCUGUAGUUUUUAUAAAGUAGGACGCGUCGGAUUUUUCUUUAGAGCCCGGUAGGUUUGGUGUUAGCAAGUUGAUUGCCGCGCGAUUCAAUUUUAUUAACCACGUAUAAAAGUUUAUUUCUGUUGUGAUAUGUUCGGACACAUUGAUUCUUGUUGGGGGUUGAAAGGUUGCUAUAGAGUCCUAGGCUACUAGGAUGCUUUUAGAAUCCUGGAAUUCCAGCAUAAUCGAGGUUUCUAGGUUCUAGAAGUUGUAUCGCGAUAGUUUCUCGCUCGGCAGUCAACGCGUUGCAACUGUUCGUCGACAUGAAACCUUGGAAGAGCCACGAUUCGACUCGAUGAAGCGCAGAUUAUUAGCUGCUUGUAUCAGGUCCAAUAAACAGAUCAAUGAAAGAUUAAAAAAAGAAAAGGAAAAGUCACUUUGAGAGGGCGAAUUAAAGGUGAAGAUGAUCGAAUCUAGAAGCGAUAAUGCAAAAGACUGCUAGAGGAAGAUCGUGGCUCUCGUUCGCGGAGAAAAUUCGCAGCUGUCGAGCGGUUCCUCGCGUUCAACGAUGAUCGCUACUGUCUGUGAUUCCCGGAAAGUACUAAAUUAUUUGGGAGACGCUGGUCAUACGCGGCCGUCAGCGGCGAAGCUGGACAGUGAGACCGAUAUCCGAUAAUCCUCGCACAUUUCCGACGUAGAUCGGUAGAUCCAAUCCGCAGAAAUUCGUUCGGACCGUGUAAACGAGAGAUUCGUUGGACCGCUGAUGGAUCGAGAGCGAUCGGACCAUUGUAGAUAACUUCUCUAUCCGUCUGGUCGCGUGUCUCUAACCGCUGGAGACAUCAGCGGUCGAAGAAAUCGCGAGAGGUUAACGGCUGGGACCGGAUCGUGCUGGGUCCCCGACGCAACCUCGUCGGCAAAACGCGGUAGCGAGGACGUUUUUCGUCCGGACUCCGGUCACGGUUGCGUCGGUGACACCCGAGAAACGUCCCGGCGGAGAGCCAUGCGUUCGGAGAAUUAGUCUAAUUAUGUCCAGAGUGUCGUAUUCAUCGCCUACCAAGGAUCGCAAACUAGUACCUAUGAUUCUUAUAUUAUAUGUAAAAAAAAACAACUGCGACUUAGAUUUAAAGGUAUACUUAGUGGACCGGCUGGUCGAGUGCACCGCCCUAAGGCCGGGCUUAGGAUCCUCGUCGCGGAACCAUGGAUCGCAGGGAUCGAGGACCCGAUCUCCUUUUCCUUUAGCAUUUUCAUUUCGAAGGACUUUGUUAAUCGUUUUUUAGUAUUAUUAGAUUGUUGAAUCUUAGGGUCCUCGAUCCUUCGGAACACGAGGACGGCGAACCGGGGGAUGCUGUUAUGCCGAUAUUUGUCGCGAGAACCGGGGACACGACGGGGUGAUCUUUGGAGUUUCACGUUCGAUCGACGGCCUAUCGUCGAGCUAAGAUGAAACUGCGGCCCCGGCUUGGUCCCGGCUCGAUCUUCCGCUCGACGCGACGUUCGUCCUUGAAUCUUCCGUAGCGUGUGUAUAUUUAGGGGACCCCGGAAACGUUGCAGAAGAGCUCAAAAGUGGAGAUUCCCGAGGGAAUGACAAAACAGUUUGCCGAAGACUGAUGGAUCGGUCGCGUAGUCCUCCCCCGCGGAUUCAGGGACGAGCGGUGGUUGUACGUGUCUGAGAUUACGGAGGAUCGAUCGGGAUCGAUGGAUGCACGGGGAUGACGGGGUGCUAAGCGCGGCCGCGGAUCGAAGAUGGCGACGCGUUUACCUUUUAAUCGGUACGUCGGCGAGCAAGUAGGUAAUUUAAUCGGAUGUUAAAUGAAAAUAAAUAUCCCAGUGGAUCUCUAUUCUCUAAGGUGCAACAUUAUCUAAAUUAUAAGGGCCGCUGAACGCGAGUGUGCAUGCCUACGAUUAUACUAUAAUAUAAAUGUAUACAUACACGCGUAUUUUCUGUAUGUACAUUAGUGUGCUUGUGCGCGCACGCGCGCGUCGACGAUGUGUGACACGUGGAUUUUAUAUGUAACAGGGACCGUUGUCUCUUCCGGUUUCGAAAACUUCAAGACUCGAGAAAGAGAACGAAAGAGAACGAAAGAGAGAGAGAGAGGGAGAGAGAGAAAGAGAGAGAACGGACGUGACUGGAAAAUUGUAUCGAGCCGAUUUUCCGCGGGAGCUUAUUAUUUUCGAAUCGAAGGAGAGACGUUUCCUCGAGCGUGAUCCGUCGCGAUCCGAGUGCCAGUAUAAAUGUGACAGAGCAAAAUUGAGUUUCUCAUUUGUCGAUGUAUAGGUUGUUGCACGUGAAUAUUCGACUAUGUUUUUUUUUUUUUGUAAGUGGAAACGAUUGGAAAACGGAACCGUCGCUGCUGUGUAAUCAUGUUAUGUUAAAUUGUUUAUUUUAUUGUUUACGAGGAGCUGCUUGUUUUGGCAAUAAAUUGUUCGACGAUUGUUUAAGCGAACGAAACGACUAA